AUGUCUUUGUUUGUCAGCCAGACGGAAGACCGGCGUAUUGCUCCACGUGCUGUCAGUUUAAAACGGAUCGAGCGCACCACUGUCGAGAAGUCGACCGCUGUGUGCGCAAAAUGGACCAUUUUUGUCCUUGUUUCAGAGACAUCCUUCAAGUUUUUCAUCCAAUUCAUCGUGUAUGCGAUGCUUUACUGUAUAUUCGUCCUCAUUGUAUUCGCGAUAUACACCGCGGAGUUGAAACGGGACGGAAAGACUAAUGCACAUUGGAUUGUUGGCAUUGCAUUCUCUGUACAACUUGCCACCUACAAUCUGACGACAAUUGAAAACCUGAACCGUCGCUCUGCAGUCUGGUCGCUGGCAAUCCGCGUGCCGAGCCACAUUCUCAGCAACCUCAGCCCAGAUUCCCGGUGGGCACCGACCUUCCGCACCAUCACCUAUCCUCUCCCUCCUCCGCCUCCUCCUGAAUCAGAGGUUGCGCGAGAGUUCCCAGUAGGAGAACAGCACGUCUUCGCCAUCCUGCAGACCCUGCCAGGGGAGAACCCGUUCGACCUCGGGAGUCCCCUUAAGAACCUACAGCAGGUGAUGGGCUACUCGUUCCUGGAUUGGCUGCUCCCACUUAAGCAUAGCCCCUGUGCUGACCACAGCAAUCGCGAAAGUGCUUUUGCGUUGGGACCGGUCGUGUCGAGGUUAAAGAAAGAGGCUGGCCUAGAGCCCCCUGCAGCGGCGGAGACUCUAGCGGGCACCGAGCGAAGAUCUAGACAUGAACGGAAACACGGGAAGCAUAGACGACGUAAUUGA